AUGACUUCGGCAACUUCACCCAUCAUUUUAAAAUGGGACCCCAAAAGUUUGGAAAUCCGGACCCUAACAGUGGAGAGGCUUUUGGAACCGCUCGUUACACAGGUGACAACACUUGUCAACACAAGCAACAAAGGCCCAUCCGGUAAAAAGAAAGGAAGGUCAAAGAAAGCCCAUGUACUGGCCGCAUCUGUAGAGCAAGCCACUCAGAACUUUCUGGAAAAAGGUGAACAGAUUGCUAAGGAGAGUCAAGAUCUCAAAGAAGAACUGGUUGCUGCCGUUGAGGAUGUACGCAAACAAGGUGAGACCAUGCGCAUCGCUUCUUCGGAGUUUGCGGAUGACCCCUGCUCGUCGGUGAAGCGCGGCACCAUGGUGCGGGCGGCUCGGGCCCUGCUGUCCGCUGUGACCCGCUUGCUCAUCCUGGCAGACAUGGCGGAUGUCAUGAGGCUUUUGUCUCAUCUGAAAAUUGUGGAGGAGGCCUUGGAAGCUGUCAAAAAUGCUACAAAUGAGCAAGACCUUGCAAAUCGCUUUAAAGAAUUUGGAAAAGAGAUGGUGAAACUUAACUAUGUAGCUGCAAGAAGACAACAGGAGCUGAAAGACCCUCACUGUCGAGAUGAGAUGGCCGCCGCCCGAGGAGCUCUGAAGAAGAACGCCACCAUGCUGUACACGGCCUCCCAAGCUUUUCUCCGCCACCCGGACGUGGCUGCCACCAGAGCCAAUCGAGACUACGUGUUCAAACAAGUCCAGGAGGCCAUUGCCGGCAUCUCCAACGCUGCUCAAGCUACCUCUCCCACCGACGAAGCCAAAGGCCACACGGGCAUCGGGGAGCUGGCCGCGGCUCUGAACGAGUUUGAUAACAAGAUCAUCCUGGACCCCAUGACGUUCAGCGAGGCCCGGUUCCGCCCGUCCCUGGAGGAGCGCCUGGAGAGUAUCAUUAGUGGCGCAGCGCUCAUGGCAGACUCUUCGUGCACCCGCGACGACCGGCGCGAGCGGAUCGUGGCCGAGUGCAACGCGGUGCGCCAAGCGCUCCAGGACCUGCUCAGCGAGUACAUGAAUAACACUGGAAGAAAAGAAAAAGGAGAUCCUCUAAACAUUGCAAUUGAUAAGAUGACCAAGAAAACAAGAGAUCUAAGGAGACAGCUUCGGAAAGCAGUGAUGGAUCACAUAUCAGAUUCUUUCUUGGAAACCAACGUUCCUUUGCUAGUUCUCAUUGAGGCUGCGAAAAGUGGGAAUGAGAAGGAAGUGAAGGAAUAUGCCCAGGUUUUCCGUGAGCACGCCAACAAGCUGGUGGAGGUUGCCAAUUUGGCCUGUUCCAUCUCCAACAAUGAGGAAGGGGUGAAAUUAGUUCGGAUGGCAGCCACUCAGAUUGACAGCCUGUGUCCUCAGGUCAUCAACGCCGCUCUCACAUUGGCUGCCCGGCCACAGAGCAAAGUUGCUCAGGACAACAUGGAUGUCUUCAAAGACCAAUGGGAAAAGCAAGUUCGAGUGCUGACAGAGGCUGUGGAUGACAUCACCUCAGUGGAUGACUUCCUUUCCGUCUCAGAAAACCAUAUCUUGGAGGAUGUGAACAAAUGUGUGAUCGCCCUUCAAGAAGGGGAUGUGGAUACUCUGGACCGGACCGCAGGGGCCAUCAGGGGCCGGGCUGCUCGAGUUAUACACAUCAUCAAUGCUGAGAUGGAGAACUAUGAAGCUGGUGUUUAUACUGAGAAGGUGCUGGAAGCUACAAAACUGCUAUCUGAGACAGUGAUGCCACGCUUUGCUGAACAAGUGGAGGUUGCCAUUGAAGCCCUGAGUGCCAACGUCCCUCAGCCAUUUGAGGAGAACGAGUUCAUCGAUGCCUCUCGCCUGGUAUACGACGGCGUUCGGGACAUCAGAAAGGCUGUGCUGAUGAUCAGGACCCCAGAAGAAUUAGAGGAUGAUUCAGACUUUGAGCAGGAAGAUUACGAUGUGCGUAGCCGGACAAGUGUUCAGACCGAGGAUGACCAGCUCAUUGCAGGACAGAGUGCACGGGCCAUCAUGGCACAACUACCACAAGAGGAGAAGGCAAAAAUAGCUGAGCAGGUGGAGAUAUUCCACCAAGAGAAAAGCAAGCUGGACGCGGAAGUGGCCAAAUGGGAUGACAGCGGCAAUGAUAUCAUUGUGCUGGCCAAACAGAUGUGUAUGAUCAUGAUGGAGAUGACAGACUUCACAAGAGGCAAAGGCCCGUUGAAAAAUACAUCUGAUGUCAUUAAUGCUGCCAAGAAAAUUGCCGAAGCAGGUUCUCGAAUGGACAAAUUAGCCCGUGCUGUGGCUGAUCAGUGUCCUGAUUCAGCAUGUAAGCAGGAUUUAUUAGCCUACCUUCAACGAAUUGCCUUGUAUUGCCAUCAGCUUAACAUCUGCAGCAAGGUGAAAGCCGAAGUACAGAAUCUGGGAGGAGAGCUCAUUGUGUCAGGGCUGGACAGUGCCACGUCACUCAUCCAGGCAGCUAAAAACCUGAUGAAUGCUGUUGUCCUCACGGUGAAAGCAUCUUAUGUGGCCUCAACAAAAUACCAGAAGGUCUAUGGGACAGCAGCUGUCAACUCACCUGUCGUGUCCUGGAAGAUGAAGGCACCAGAGAAGAAGCCCCUUGUGAAGAGAGAAAAGCCUGAAGAAUUCCAGACAAGAGUGAGACGAGGUUCUCAGAAGAAACACAUUUCGCCUGUACAGGCUUUAAGUGAAUUCAAAGCAAUGGAUUCCUUCUAG